UUUUGGUGUUCCUCAAAUGUGAAGAGGAGAAUUGCUAACCCAAAGCGAGAGAAAGAGUGCGUGAGACAGAGAGAAAAUUUCAUCGGCGGCCAGAAAAACAUUUUCGAAAUGGUGCUUCAGAACCACAACACAGUGGUGGCCCGCUCCACAUUGACGCCGAACAGCAGCAGCCAGAACUUUGGCUCCCAUUCGCUGGGCCACCACGGCGGAUCGACCCAUGGAUCCGGACGGAGUCCUUUGAACGCCGGACCCAGCACCCAGCGUCCCAUUGUGGACCUGCUGGUGGCCAUGGUGGCCGUACCCGUGCUGAUCCUGUGCGCCCUGCAGCUGGAAAAGAAUCUGAGGGACAAUACUGCGGAGUCACGCUGGCUGGUCUUCGCACUUGGCAUCGGGAUGCUGUUUAUCAGCGUGAUCAUCUGCGGUUAUGUCACGCACCGCAUGGGCGUCUGCAUUUGGGCGGGACCCAUCGAUGAGGCGGGAAAUCGGGCCACAAAUGGAGCCAUACCACAUAUCAACUCGCAGAACGAUGUGCUGCGUAUUGUGGACUCACUGCCGCCGAGUUACGAUAGUGUGGUCAAGUACGAGCUGCCGCCGCCGGCCUACGACUGUUUGGUGAUAGACAUGGACCAGUCCAAGGAUCUGGAGCCACCGCAGAGCUCCACCAAGCCGGGAGCCGGAGGAUCCACCUCCCCACCCGGAGCCACACUGCACAUUUAGGGAGAGGGGAGGAUGAGCCACGGGAGCACUAGGAGGAGGAGAGAGAAUUAAGAGAUUUUUUCCCAAUUGGCAGCGCAACGGAUUUCUGUACUUGACCCACUUAAGAACCACACGCAAUCAAAUCUAUACCUACGAUUUCGAUACGUGGUAUUCAGGCAACUCUAGUGUCUUGCAAAUACUACACACAACACAAAACACAAAACUGAAAUGUUUUAGAAUUCCUAGAGCCUACUGCUGAAUACCGCCAUAUAUCCGUAUAUCUAUUGUAAAGUUUGGCUAACUGGUAGCUUGGCAGCAAAGCAUUAUGGCAUUGUAUUUACUUUGAUUUUAAGCAGCUAGUAUUUUAACUCGUAGAGUCCCUCGAUUCUCCCGCAUUGUACAUAGAGUUCUUUGAAACACAGCAUCUAGUCCAAAGUUGUAUAUAGCCGAACAAGAAAUAACUAAACCACAUGAUGCGCCCACACAAAACUUUUAAAUAUAUAUAUAAUAUAUAAUAUAUAAAAAUAUAUAUAUAUAUACUUAGUGAAUGCCAAGGCAAGGCGGGGAUCAAACUACAAAACUACAGGGUAGCACAUAGUCUUAGUCUUAGCCUAACGCCUGUAAAUAAUUAUAUAUAUUACGAUUACAAAUAUUAUUAUAGCCAUAACGAUUGCCAACAAAUGUAGGAAAACGUUCAGUGUUGCUUUCCAGAAAUAAAGAAUUCCUAUUAAGUUUAUUGAAA